UGCCUAUGGCAAUUCAUACACACACACACACACACACACACACACACACAGAGCAGCCCCUCCUGCCAAUGGAAGCCCCAUUGAGCCCUGGGGCGGGGAAUGGUGGGAGGAGGGGCUGAAGCUGAUUUCUCAGGCCCCGGCUCUGUCCCCACUCACCUGCUGCUCUGCCCGCCCCCAGCACUGCUGUCUGCUGUGCGGAUCAACGGGGAUGGCCAGGAGGUCCUGUACCUGGCGGAAGGUGACAAUGUGAGGUUGGGCUGCCCCUAUAUCCUGGACCCUGAGGAUUAUGGUCCCAGUGGGCUGGACAUCGAGUGGAUGCAGGUCAACUCGGACCCUGCACCUCGGGAGAACGUAUUCCUAAGUUACCAGGACAAGAGGAUCAAUCACGGCAACCUCCCUCAUUUGCAGCAGAGGGUCCGCUUUGCAGCCACGGACCCCAGCCAGUACGAUGCCUCCAUCAACCUCAUGAACCUGCAGGUAUCUGACACAGCCACCUAUGAGUGCAGGGUGAAGAAGACCACCACGGCCACCCGGAAGGUCGUCGUUACUGUGCAAGCCCGCCCUGCGGUACCCAUGUGCUGGACUGAGGGCCACAUGACAUAUGGCAACGACCUGGUGCUGAAGUGCUUUGCCAACGGGGGCUCCCAGCCCCUCUCCUACAAGUGGGCCAAGAUCAGUGGGCACACUUACCCCUACCGAGCCGGGUCCUACGCCUCCCAGCACAGCUUCCACUCUGAGCUCUCCUACCAGGAGUCCUUCCACAGCUCCGUAACUCAAGGCCUGGGCAACGGUGACCUGGUGUUGAACGAUGUCUCCAGAGCGGAUGACGGGCUGUAUCAGUGCACAGUGGCCAACCAAGUGGGCUACAGCGUUUGUGUGGUGGAGGUCAAGGUCUCAGACUCCCGGCGCGUGGGCAUGAUCAUCGGCGCCGUGCUGGGCUCUCUGCUCGCGCUGGCCUGCCUGGCGGUGGGCAUCUGGGGGCUCGUGUGCUGCUGCUGCGGGGGCGCCGGGGCUGGCGUCGCCCGCGGUGCCUUCGGCUACCGCAACGGCGGAGGGGCCUGCGGCGGAGGGGCCUGCGGCGACUUGGCUAAUGAGAUCAGAGAGGACGCCGUGGCGCCCGGGUGCAAGGCCAGCGGGCGCGGCAGCAGCGUCACCCACCUCCUGGGGUACCCGACGCAGAACGUAAGCCGCUCCCUGCGCCGCAAGUACGCGCCUCCGCCCUGCAGUGGCCCCGAGGACGUGGCCCUGGCGCCCUGCACCGCCACCGCCGCUGCCUGCGAAGCGGGCCCCUCCCAGGUCUACGUCAAGGUCAAGAGCGUGGAGCCGGCCGACUGCGCCCAGGGCCCGCUGCAGUGCAAGGACGGUCUCUUGGUGUGAGCGCGCGCGCCGCGCCGCGCCGGGCUGCGCCCUGGCCGGGAGGAGGGUGCGGGGCUCUCUGCCCGCAGCUGGGGACACGUUUGGGCUGGUGCCGACCUCGCUCGCCCCCGGCCUUCCGGCGGCUGGGGGUUGAAGGCAUUUCCCUCGGGAAAUGCGUAGGGAGGCAAAGCCUCCUCCCCCGAAAUGGGAGUGGAUGGGCGAGGGCAGAGGAAGGCGGUCUGGAACCUUCUCCGCACCUCCGAAGCCCGGAGGCUCAGGGAUGAGGGAGGGAGGAGGAAGCGGAGUCAGUGUCCAAGAGCGGUUGAGGCCAGAGGCCCGGUGUCCCUAGCCAAAGCAGAGGGCCUCGGGCCCGGUGGGUAGGGGUCUGGGACGAAUGGUUCAGUGUAAGAGCGGGGCUCUGAGGCAGCAGUGUUAGCACAAUAAAGAAACUUUAAGACUUGAGACCGAGGUGGCUGUCCGUGUCGCACGAGGUCGGGCGCGGGUUGGAGGGCCCUGCUCCAUGGUGGGCGGGUUGAGGGGAGGGCAUUGCCCCUGUUACCACAGUCCUGCACCGCCUCCAACCUUCCUCUUCUUCCAUCCCUAGCGGUCAGAGCCGGCAGGGGCCUUCUAAUCGGACUCCUUCACACAACCUAGGAAGUGUAUAAAAAAAGAAAAAAAAAAUUAGCUCAGAAUGUCUGUGGAAAUAACAUAAGGAUAUUUGAGGAACUGGCAAAGUGCAAUAAUACACCUGCCAUUUCUAAGUCUUCAAAGUUCUCGCGUCAAGGCAAGGUUUGUUCUUGGAAAUAAUGUGCUCUGAAACUCUAGUGAGGCGUUGUAUGUUGUCGAAAGCUGAAAGGAAAACUUGUCCUUGAAUCACAGCCGCAUAGGCGCCUGGUGAGACAGAAACAAGGACAUGGAAAAAUAAGACUACCACCUCUUACAUUAAAAAAGCACCAGAGUCCCAGGGUUCUAAGUGAUGUCCAGGAAGGAGGGGGAGUAACACGCAUGGAGCAUGUACUGUGGAACACGGUUAGUAUGGUAAGUCCCUUCACGUGCAUUCAGUUGGUGUUUUAGGACAAUUCAUUUUAUGGUGUUUUUUUUUUCCAAGUUGUCAAAUUGAUUGACUUGCACAGAGUC